AGUUGUAUAAGACAUAGAAAACAGGUAAAAGCUCGGUUGUUAGCGUAGCAUUGUUGUGUCUUCCACAGGGAGACAGUGAGUGGGUGCCACACUGAAGGCUCUCAGGUAACACUACUCUGUAGUAUCAGUGUGUGUCGGCUCCACGCGAUGGCUAAAGUUCUCUGACAACAGCCUCUCAUGAAGGACCAGGGCGACACAGCAGCUGCCCAGCAUGCAGAAACAGCUGGGGCUCCAUGUUAGGUCCUCAGGUGGCGCCAUCUAUCAAGUGUUUUCAUGCUCUGAGAACUACGACUGCCGCUGCUUCCUUCUGUCACCCACCGCUUCCACACCAUCCCACCCCCCGUCCAACUGAAUCACCUCAACUCUAAACCAUCAUGUCCAUCAGUGGUUCAUUACCCAACAACAAUACUCACACACAUAAGGACAUCCAGCUGAACAACACUCAUCCGCAGAGCAACAAUCACAGAAAAGGUCAGUUCAACUUGUACAACACAGAUAUCUGUGAUGGACGUGACAACGUGGAUAACGGAGUCCACACUGAAGCCUCUUCAGGUCAUUCAAACCCCAUCAAGACUUUAAGGACUCACAAUGAGCUUCACAAGGAGCUGCUACUGGCCCACAAGAGGCUAAGGGGUCUGGCUCUGAGCAGCAGAUCAGAGCUUCAGCAGGUACUGGAGAGGAGGAAGAGGGUGCAGAAUGACCAGAAGGAGGUGGGACAGAGCAGGACUCCUCUGGAAGAUGUGCUCUUGAGACGUCAGCAGAAACAACUUGAGAGGGAGAAGGAACAAGAGGAGAAGCUACAAGAGGAAGCCCAGUUGAUGGAGUUUGUUAGAGUCCGACAGAACCUCAGAAAGAUCCACUCAGUGAUCCAGAACAAGACUGCGCAUUUCUGAAAGGCUGUAGAAGAAUGCAUCCACCAUGAACCUUGUUCUCAUCAAAGUCAACAUCUACUGCCCCAAACAUGCAAGAACAACAACAAGCUUAAAAACAAUAAGUACAAAUGUAUUUAAUACUGGCUUUUAAGAUAUAGAUACAUAAAUACUUAUGGAUACAGUCUGCUUUCAUAGCUAUAUAAAGAAAUGACAUCUGCUGCUUUGUGUAAGUCAAAUAUUUGUAAGUAAUUUUGCUUGAUAUAGUAGUUGUUCUAUCAAUAGUAUGUUGUGAAUACCUGAUAUUCUUUGACUUGUUAAUGUCAUGAUUGUGAAACUAUGUCAAAGAUUGGUUUAUCAUUUACUAUUUAUUGAACUACUGAUAUUAACUAUUCAAAUGCCAGAGUGGGACAUUGUAAAAAACUGACAGUACCUUGAAUUUGGUGGACAUACUGUUGUGAUAAUACUUUGAAAGUAUUAUAUCAGUUCAUGCUUUGUGUUUAUCUGCAGCUAAAGGCAAAACUUAUACCCACAGUAUCACAGGUGGCUCUCCAGCUAUCCAUUUUGAUACUCCAGUUUUUGCCAUGGAUGUAAUCUUUUGGUUUCAAGUUUACGUCUACAACAUAAAAGUUCCUUGGCUUAUCA